AUGCCGCAUUUCGAGGAUACACUUAGCCUGAAAGGUCUUAGCAAGUUCGAUGAGCUUGUGGAAGCCCUGAAAGACGCUCUCGGUUCUUCAGGUUUGACCUGCGAUGAUAUCGACCUUGACUUGUUGAUGGAUCUUAUGAAGAAUUAUACCAGCAACGAGAAAGACUGGAGAGCCUUUGCACUUGCCGAUCCUAGCAUGGCAUAUACUCGGAACCUUGUAGACGAGGGUAACGGCAAGAAAAUGGUUGCUACGUCUUCGACGCAGAGACUGGGAAAGGAACUCUUGUAA